GUUGGAGUUUAAGAUGGUGAUGCUGAUGUGGAUUACAGUGCUGCUUUUUAGUCAUACAAAUUCUGCACAAAUGAACAUCGUCAAUCAGCCGAACCCAGUGAUCACUGCAGCUUCUGGAGACAACGUGACUCUACAUUGCCUUCGAGUGGAAGAAGGAGACACUGAAACCAUCACUUGGUACAAACAAGCGGUAGGACAUGAGCCUCGUGCAGUGGUCACAGUUCAUAAACUAGCACGGAAUCCCAUUUUUGAAGAUCAGUUCAACUCGCCGAGGUUUUCUGUUGAGAAUUUAAAAGAAGGCUGCAUUUUGAAAAUAAAUAACGUGGAACCAUCAGACGAAGCCGUGUAUUACUGUGGAUUAAAAAAGAUUAUAAUAUUGUUUGGAAAAGGAACAUUUUUAUCAGUGAAAGGUGAUGGAGAUGUGAAAGUGUCAGUGUUCCAGAGCAGCGUGUCGGAGUCGGUUCCUGCAGGAGCGUCAGUGACUCUGCAGUGUUCGGUUCUCUCUGAGAGCAGAUCAGCAGAACUCCAAGUGCUCUGGUUCAGAGCUGCUCCACCACAAUCCCAUCCUCAAAUCAUUUACACUCAUCACAACAGCAGCCAUCAGUGUGAGAGCGGCUCUUCUACACACACCUGUGUGUACAACUUCUCCAAGAACAUCCUCAGCCUCAAUGAUACUGGAACUUACUACUGCGCUGUGGCCGUGUGUGGGAAGAUCAUUUUUGGGAACGGGACACAAGUGCAGUUGGAAGAAUCUGUGGAUCCUGUAGUGAUCUGCCUCGCUGUAGCUUUGGGAGUGUGUGUGGUUGCGAUCUCUGUUCAAGUUGUUUUAUUCUGUAAAUGGAGAAAUUAUAAACAAAGCACAAAGAGACAAAGCUCUGGAAGAAGAACGGAGCAAAAAAGCACUCAGGACCGUGACUCUGUGGAGCUGAAUUAUGCUGCCUUACACUUUAAUGAAAAGAAAAGCAAAGGAGGGAGAGAAAGGAGAAAACCACCUCAAGACACUGUGUACUCUGAAGUCAGAUCUCUCGCCACGACUUAGAUUAUAUGUCUUCAAUUCUUUUUUGGAAUAAAGUUCAAACUGUUGGUCGGUUCAUUUUCAUUUCAUUUUAAAGAGUGAGGUCAAAAAAGAACAUUUCGUUGUGAUGGGAUAUUAAUAAUGCCUGUUCUUUCAAUGUUUAUCAAUUAGGAAACGACUGAAGAUUGUAAAUCAGAAUGGGAAGCUUAUGGAAAAAGCAAUUUUUCUUUGGACUUUGUGGUUUUAUAGCUUGUUUUUGCCUCUUAAGUGAAAACAUUAUUGAUAAAUAAGCCAGAGGUGACAGUGGCAAGGAAAUACAGUGGGGGAAAUAAGUAUUGAAUGCGGCAACAUAUAUUUCCGAUUAAGUUAUUCACAUGAAAUUUUCACCAGACAUCAGUAUUAACUCAAG